AUGUGCCCCAGCACCCCGGAGGAGAAGCUGAGUCUGAGCAGAGCCUCCCUGGAGAAGGUGCCUUCCUCACCCAUGUUGAUCUUCAUGGUCAUCUUUUUCCUGGAGCUGUUGGCUGUUCUGCUGCAGAAUGGCUUCAUAGUUACUGUGUUGGACUUCAUCACAUCUCUCACUUUCUGGCUUACUGCUUGGCUUGCUACAUUCUACUGUGUGAAGAUCUCAUUCUUCUCUCACCGCAUCUUCUUUGGGCUGAAGUGGAGGAUUUCUCGGUCAGGGCCCAGGCUGCUGCUGGGCUGCCUGAUCUUGUCUGCUCUGGUAGUCAUCCCCUUAGACACUGGGAAUACAAUUCUUGUGCAGAUGGUUGCUGCCCAGAGUUCCCAUGGAAACAACACCCUGGCUGGUAGAAUGCAGACUGUCUCUUUGUACUUUUUUCUACCUCAUGUAAUUAUUAUGCGGUCAAUUCCAUUUCUCCUGUUCCUGGUGUCCACCCUCUCACUCGUGUUCUCGCUGCGCCGGCACUUGGGGCAGAUGAGGGACCAUAGACCUGGCCCCGAGGAUCCCAGCACCCGGGCUCACACCGUGGUCCUGAAGUCACUUGCCUUCUUCCUCAUCUUCUCAUCAUAUUACCUGUGCCUGAUUAUUGUUAUAAACAUCCUAACCCUCUGGAAUCACUGGCGCUGGGCCUGGGAAGUGGUGACCUGUGCAGGCAUCUGUCUGCACUCCAGCAUCUCGGUGCACAGCAGCCCCAAGCUGAGAAAGGCCCUGAAGAAGAGGCUUUGGAGAGCCCUGGACAAGGAGCAGUUUGUCUUUUCAGUGAGCAAACAGCCCAAUGUCAGCCAGAGGAACACGGGCAGGGUAGAGAGCAGCUGGGAACUCUAUCUCCUGGAGAUGCGCAUCUUCUGA